AUGGUGCGGCAAGUCGGCUACCCUCGCAUCUUCUUCACGAUCGCCCCCUACGAGUGGAGCUUCCCCUACCACGAGUGGGUCCGCGACGAGAUGCAGAAGCUGCUCAAGGAGCGCCUGUUCUUGCCGGUCGCUGAGACGCUGCACAUGGUGCACGUCAUGGUCCAGGCAGUCAAAGGCUUGCUGCUGGGGCAUACAGGCGGAUCUGGGAAGCAGCCUUGGAAGAGCAACAUCUUCCGUGUUCUGGACGACCAGGGCCACGCCCGCCGCCUGCACUUCUUCUUGCGUCUCGAGUAUCAGGACGGGACCCGCAAGGCAGCCACCCAGGACUACCACGGCUCCGGCAGAGUGCACGUGCACGUCGUCAUCUUUGUCAAGCCCGAGGACGUCGAGCAAUUAAACCUGGUGGAGACUGUGUCUGCUACUUUGCCUGAAGAUGCGGACCUCCGCGGCUAUGUCGAAGGCAGCCAGUACGACCGGGACAAGAAGAGCGGCUGGCCCGUCCACGAAGCAGCGACUUGCUUCGACCGCGAGACAGGCGCGUGGCGCCUUCAGCACACGGAGGACGACCAUGCGGCGGGGAUGCGCCCCUACAUCGUGGACUUGAUGGAGGUGCUCCACUGCCACCAGGACUUCCAGAUGUGCGACGACGACGGCCUGCUCCGUGCCUACGUCACCAAGUACGUCAGCAAGUUCUCGGAUGCGGCCAGUGAGGAGUGGCUGAACGACGACGCGGAGGCCAUGAGCAUCGCCGCCACCGUGCUCAUGCGCUAUCGGCCGCUGGAGCCGGAGAUGGUGCUGCAGCUCUUCGGCGCCAAGUUCCGGCAAUGGCAACUCUCCACGCAGAGCGGUGGCAAGCGCGAUUUGGUGGCGCCCUACCCUGACCAGGACCCGCAGCCGCGCGAGGUGGAGCUGUACCAGCAGGCGGACUGGGCUUGUGGCCGCAUCAGCCUCCUCGACUAUCUACGCAAGACCACGGCCGAAGGGAAGAUCUGCCACUGGCUGCAGAAGAAGCAUGCGCAGUCCGGCAGCGAGGCCACCCUGGAGGAGUUUGCUGCGAGCUACGUGAUGCAGGGCGAGAAAGUCGUGGCCGCCGAGACCGUGUCCAAGUUCAACGACCGCUUCUUCGGUCAGUGGCUCAUGCUUCAUGUUCCCUUCGAGAAGGCCACGGACUUCUGCCUGCCGCAGCACGUCGUGCGACGGCUCCCGGAAGCCCACAAGUACUUCGCCAUGGCGGUCCUCUGCGAGCAUCCGGUGGCGCAGGCCAUGUGGCAGGACGACGAGAAGAUCCGAGCGGAGCUGAAGAUGGAGGCGCACACCAAGGACCACGUAGACACCAUCCUCGCCAUGAUCCGCGCUCACCGUGGCUUGCUGCAGGAAUACCUGGACGGCUCGCUGGAUGCCCGCAAGGAGCAACAGACUCAAAACAAGCGCAGCGGUGAGAAGAAGGCCUCCAAAACGAAAGCGGGUCCUGUGGAUGCCAGCAAGUUCAACAGACAGCAGCUUCGCGCCUCCUUGCUAAGCAUGUACUCCCUCAUCGUCGUAGACGAGCUCUCGCAGCUGGAUAUGGUCAACUUCGAGAAGAUCCUGAAGCUCUGGGCAGCUGCAGGUCGCGUGCCGGCACUAGCGCUGCUGGGCGACCGGUACCAGAUGGCCGGCAUGGGAGAACAGCGGCCCUGGCAUGGGCGCCUCUGGAACAUAUUGUGCUAUCGGGUGGCUUUGCACAAGAUGUACCGGUGCAAGGACAAGGUGCACGCCAAGCUCCUGGCAGUACUCAGGACUGGCAAGCCGAGCGCGAAGCUCCUCCGACAGCUCCGUAGGAAGAUGGCGUGGAGACCUCCGGGCCCACCCACCGUGAAGGGACUCCGGCAGCUUCUGAAAUCGAAGCCCUAUACGACCAUCCUCACCUGCACCAGGCGGGGUGCUGCUAUAGUCAAUGGAGCUGCUUUGAAGGCCCUCUUCCCUCACUAUCCUCCGCUGGCAACAUUGCCGGCUGACGUGGACUCCAACCCCGAGAACUAUGUGCGGGGCAAGCUGAAGCCGGCCGGCGAGCUGCAGCCCUCCGCCAUGCCCGUCUACAAGGGCAUGAAGGUGUACUUGACGCGCAACGUGCGGAAAGACGUCGACUUCGUCAACGGCAUGGAGGCGACGGUCCUGAAGUACGACGACGGCACGGGCGGCCUCCUGGUGCGCACCACCACCGGCUUCGUGGUCAGCAUUUGGCCUUGGACCGACCCGGACAGAGGUGGCUUGGUCUACUACCCCGUCCGGCCUGGCUACGCGUCCACCAUCCUGAAGUUUCAAGGGGCAGAGCUGCCUCAUGUCGUCGUCUACUUGGAUGCCCCGAAGGUUCCUGCCGCAGCCUACACGGCCAUCAGCAGGGUCGGCUACUACAAGGACUUCCUGCUGGCGGGCAUCUUCACGGAGCAUCAUUUCACGCCGGCGAAGUGA